AUGGCCAACCUGAGCGAGACAGAUGUCGAGAAGCUGUUUUCGGGAGCCCCGCAAUACUUCGCCAGGUCUCAAGGAUACGGCACCGGAGCCCCGCUUCCUUCCGUCGCUUUUCCCUGGGAUGAGGAAUUGACCAUCCGGGACUUGACGGAUCAUGUUCAGAUUGAAGAUGAUGCAUGGGGUUGUGUAACGGCUUGCCCUCGCAUAAUUAUGCGCGACCCCUUGUCACCCGGUCCGUGGUCUGCUAAGAGACGCGCCCACUUCAAUACGAAAUGUCGGGAACGGCCCAACAUGCUAAGCAUGCAAGGACUAGAGAAGGGGACUAUAGGGUACCAGGCAGCUUUGGAGUUAUCCGUUGCAGACGCCCUACAGGACGAACAGUACGGCUUCGAUAGUCUGGGCACCAAGUCACAUGUAAUCAUCGAGUUCCGGCAAAAACUCAUCACGACCAAAGAUGGCUUGAGACAUCUAGACGAGGCUGCCAUUAUGGAACAGUUAUUGAAGUGCGAGGAGAGGUAUGAGGCUGACCGUUUAAUUCAGCGUUCAGGGGUUCAUGACAUGUACAACGAGCUGUUCCUCAAAGUUCUUCACCCCCCAACCAAGGCUAUUGAUCGCAAUGACCCGUACAGCCUGUCUGUGCAGAUUUAUGCGUUGGUUAAGGUGCUAGCCGCAUCCAAUGCCUGGUAUGAUUUCUCGCACGUGGAGUGGAGGAUUCGACUUGGCCAGAUGCUGUGGGGGUUCCCCCUGGAUGACGAAUUGGAGGAUGGUUCGUCCAUCAAGGAGGGAAUGGAUGCUCAAGAUCGAACCGAAGAGCGUUAUUGGCUGCUUCUCCAGAUUCUCCUUGCAUGCGAGCUUCUGAUUCGACUAGACAUGAUCACGGAAGGAGAUGAGAUUGGCGGACAGAAUCUCCGAGCAUCCGAAGUUCACAGAUUUGAAAAGGAGGCAAACACGUCAGUCAGGUGGUCGCUUCUGCUUGCCCGUUCAUGGCUCGAGAAUAUAUACAUAUCAAAGACCGAAGCUCCGCCGUCGGGAGCGUCUACUCCGAAAGGAUGGCUCACCACGCUGACCAGCAAAAUGUCUCUGAAACAUGAGAGCAUACCCGGAUCGCUGUUUACCGAUUCUCAACAUCGUCAUCAGGGCCAUUCUGAGUACCUGUAUGCCAUUCAGGGCAAAUAUAACCAAAGACAGGUUUUUGGGCUGACGCAGUUUGCACGAAAACUGCGCUGGCCAGAGAUCGAAUCGUACAUAACGAGGCUAAGCAUCAACACCCCUGCUAUGGCACAGGCUACUCCGAUCAACUCGCCCCUACCAACGAGCGAUACUAGUAGGUCAUCAUAUUUUGGAGGAGAUAGGAAAUCUGCAGAUCUGCGGAGAAUGCCUUCUAGGCGGCGGAAGGUCGAAGCGGCAUUACACCCGUCCGGCUGGCUCUCCAAAUCUUACGUUUCCGGAUUGGUACUACCAGGAGAAGCUUUAUCACACUUCCUUAUGUCCACUCUACUCGAAAACGACCAGCAGGCUAUGGCAAAAUUAGGACCUAUGGCCAAUCUCUGUGGAGGAUUUGUGUAUAGUAGGAAAAGCUUCUGGAGCACCGCCUGCAUCGUUGGGCGCGUGCUAGCUGCUGGGAGGGGUUCGGCAGAAAGCAUGGGCUGGAUAUCCAGUGACAUUACUCCGAGAGAGCUGGGCGAAGGGUGGUUGGAAGUCGACGUCAAGGAUAUCCCCGACGAUGUUGCCCAUACUGGAAAGAAGGCUCGACUAUGGGGCAAGGUCGCAAUCGAGCGCGAGUCGGACGUGCUGGGUGACGCAGAUCCUUCUAAUGUCUUGCCCGCCGACUUUGUUCUGCCACACGAGAACUCGUACUCAAACCCGCCCCCUUCCAACAUCAGAAUUGAGUUCCAGCAUCUGGACCUCUCUACCCCCUUGGGCAGUAUUCACUCGACACCGACUGAUGAGAAAGAGUCCCCAGUUACCGAGGACAGCUUACUUUCCGAGAUUCCAACGUAUCCAGCCUCCAUGGCCUUUACCAUGACUCAUGAUGGGAUUGAACAAGAGCAAGAGUUGAGCUUCGCUCUAUCUACAGAUGUAUACUUUGUCACGGCCCACCCCUGCGUUCCUUCAAGCCACGUCAAAUUUCUCAAGUCAGCGAGCAGUCCUACAAUUCAGCACAUCGACCUCGGCGGGCAAGAUUGGAGUGGAAAGACCUCUAGCUCAGCUCAUAUCACAGGCAAGCACCCAAGCCGAAUUUUUGAAUCAAGUCACCCGCUUCACAAAUAUUACACAUAUACCGCCGUUCAUAUUUCUGAGCUUCUAAGCAAGCCUACUGCUACCUUGGACGAUCUCCUUGAACAGGUUCCUUCAGGUUCUCGAUCAAAUAACAGCUCAUCGUCCACGAUACCACGACAAUCUCGUGCCCUCGUCAUCGACUGCAUCACCGGCUUUGCCCCCCCACGUACCCCCGACCUGCCAUCUCUAUCGCGCAUGAGUUCCAUAUCAUCUUCGUUCGGCCUCGAGCCCCCGCCGGUCCCCAUAGUUCAAAUGCCUACACCUCCAGGCGGACCCGAGAGGAGGCCGAGCACCGCAGCGUCUAUUGGCAGCAUAGUCUCGACCGGGAGCAGAGUCUCGAGGAUCGACCCGCCCAGCCCCGAGUCGAAGAUGCGGCUGGGGACGCGGAAGAGGCAGUUCGGGUCUGACUUGGAGAUGCUGGUAAGAGCGUUGUGCGCGGAGCGAGGCUGGAAUGCGCUGGUAAGUCGGAGGAGGAGAGGGUGCCUGGCUUGUGCUAUCAGGGAGGCUGGGGCGCUGGGUUGGAAGGUUAUCAUUCGAGUCGAAUGA